AUUACUUGCACAAACUUCAAAAGAACAAAAAAGCAAAAACAAUAAGAACAAAAAAAAAAGAAAAUGAGGUCAGGUCUAGCCGAAACGAUACAGAGAAGCAUGGCCAAUAUUACUGUUCCUAACACUCAACUCAAUACAAACAGCAAAGCGAUCCCGCUUCUUGGCUUUGGAACAGCCGAGUACCCAUUUGGGUCCUCCGACAACGUGAGGGAAUGCCUCCUCGAUGCGAUCCGAUUGGGUUACCGACACUUCGACUCGGCUGUGCUUUACCAGUCCGAGCAGCCUCUUGGAGAAGCCGUGGCUGAAGCUCUUGAGCUCGGCCUUGUAAACUCACGUGAGGAGCUUUUCAUCACCACAAAGCUCUGGUGCAGCGACGCGCAUGGUGACCGCGUCGUCCCUGCGCUCCAGACAUCCCUCAAGAAUCUUGGACUCGAGUACGUGGACCUGUAUUUGGUGCAUUGGCCGGUGUGCGUGAAGGCAGGUGAGUAUGAGCUUCCGGUGAAAAAGGAGGAUCUGCUUCCGUUUGAUUACGAGGGUGUGUGGAAGGCCAUGGAAGAGUGUCAGCAGCUCGGCUUGGCCAAAAGCAUAGGAGUGAGCAAUUUCUCAUGCAAAAAGCUUGAGAAGUUACUCAGCAUCUCCGAGAUUCCUCCUGCUGUCAACCAAGUGGAAGUGAACCCUCUGUGGCAGCAACAAAAGCUAAGGCAAUUCUGCAACGAAAAGGGAAUACACAUCACUGCCUACUCUCCGUUAGGCGCUAAAGGAACCCUUUGGGGUUCCGAUAGAGUGAUGGAAUCCGAGGUGCUGCAAGAGAUUGCCAAAGCCAAAGGGAAGACACUCGCUCAGGUUUGUCUUAGGUGGGCAUAUGAACAAGGAGUCAGCGUGCUAGCGAAGAGCUUCAAUACAGAGAGGAUGAAAGAAAACCGUGACAUAUUUGACUGGAGCUUGAGCCGUGAUGAAUUGAAUAAAAUAAGUCAGAUUCCGCAGAAGAAAGGAUUCCCUGGAGUUGAAUUUGUCUCCCCAGAUGGACCUUACAAGUCUACCGAAGAGCUUUGGGAUGGGGAGAUUUAAUUAAGAAGCAUUAGUUGCUUCGAUUAGUUCUUUCAACUUUGAGACUUAUCCAGUGAAUUAUUCCAUGUGUGUUGAACCUUUAUACCAAAUGAAUGCUAGUCCCUUUUGUAUUAGAACAGUGUAAAUCUAUUCAUCCGCUCUUCAACAACAGAAUAGAAAGGUGUUUCAAAGUGUA